GCGCACGCUGAAAGAAUGGCAAUCAAACCAUUUGCUUGGCAGGCCCAGGCCUUGGUGACAGUUGAAGCAGCCAAUCACCAAGAAGCUUGCUCCUUGCUGACCAGCCCAUUUCGGCUUGCUGUCAACUGAAAUGGACCUCCGCUUCUUCCACACCGUCACGCUUUCUGUCACACGCAUUUUGACAGGCAAAGGAUCAGUGAGUCGCGCGGGCGGUGCCUAGCGUGGGCUACUCUUUCCCACGGAUGACUGCGCAUCGUUGAGGUUGAGCCGGGCGUCUAGUAUAAGAGGGAGACGUCUGCUUACGCACCCUGGUCAAGCUCCCAAGAACUCUUCAUUUUAGUAUCUCAUCAUCAUGAAGUUUGUUGCUACUGUUGCUGCUGUUGCCGGCCUCGUCGCUGCCCAGCGUCCUACUAACACGUCCAUCUGCGACUACUACACUGGCGCGCUCCUUAUGAGCAACACUGCCGAGAACCAGUACACGCUCCUCAAGUUGCUUGUCAACACUGUGGUCAUCGGAAACUACACCAAGUCUCCUGCACCCAUGAACGCUGUGCCAGGUAUUCUCGCCCCUGGAACUGUCAACGGUACCGAGGUCAACCUUGCUCCUUACUUUACCGGAGCUCUCAUGUCCUCCAACCGUAACGGCAUGCCUACCUCGGUCAACUUCUUGGACGGUGGUGCCGCUGCCCCUCUCAUGAACAACACUCUCCCUACUGAGGGCUCAAACCAGUACACACUCGUUACGCACUUGUACCAGUACUUUGGUUACCUUUUGGGCUGCACCAUGCAGGGCCAGUCUGCUUUCCCUUCGUACGGCGGUUCGACCUCGCAGUACAGGGUGCACCGAUACAUGAACCUCACCCUUGCCCAGAACACCUACUUCAUUAACCAGGUUGCUCUUGCCGCCGCUUCUUUCGGUGUUGCUUCGUCUGAUAUCACUGCAGUUGGUACAGCACUCAACUCCCUUUUCAAUGUGCGUUGCGGACCUGCCACGGCUGUCCCAAUGACCGCUGAUGCCGCUCUCCAGUCGAUCUGCACUGCUGACGACUGCCCUCUCGCAGCUAACGCCGACUGCGCUGCAUACGCCGUUAGCGGUGUUUCCUCCGCCUCUGGUUCCGCCCGUCCUUCCGGCUCUUCUGGUGCUGGUGGUGCCGGCGCAGGUGCUUCUACUCGUGCUGCCUCUGGAACUGCUCGUGCUACCAGCUCUGGUUCGCGCGCUGCUUCUGGCACCGGUGCUGCACGUACCUCGGGAGCUGCUUCGGCCGCUAACGUCGUUGUGUCCACCAACUUCCUCUACGCUGGUCUCGUCGGUGCUCUUGGCGUCGUCGGCGCUUUCGCUCUUUAAGUUUAGUCAUGGAUUUGAAGCUUAAGAGAGAAUCGUUGAAAACACUAGACCUAGAAGACCCUGUACAAUGGUGCCUUACUGUUCUACAAUACUUGUUGUAAUUCGCGGCAUUGCCGCUGUGAUCAUAUUGAUGUAGAAACUCGUUUGGUUUCCUCCUCUGCCCCCUUGAAUGCC